GUUGCAGAUAUUAUUGAAUCAAACAUGUUUUCCAUCGUUCUAGAUGCCCAAAGCACAGUCGGGGAACUUUUGAUUGCAUCUGAGUACCAAUGCAAAGCUGGGCGAUAUGCAGCGUGUCUCACAAUCAGUCGUUGCAGUUGUGCCUGUGCCUGUACGUUGUCGAAACGCUCACUAUUGCAAUUUGUAGAUUGA